AUGAAUGUUAAUUGUUCAGAAAAUUCCUAUGACGAUUUAGUAACAAUGCCACCAUUAUCAUCACCACACGUUCCAUUCAAAGAAUCCAAAUAUCCUGUUGGUGACAAUCAUGGUCAUAAAACAGUACAAAAACAGCCAUUUGACACAUCAUUAGACCGUUUAUGUCGACAAUAUGAAAAUGAAUAUGUUGCUGAUCCUUCUAAUUGUCAACGAUAUAUCUAUUGUGCCGAUGGUCAACCACGAGAGUUCAAACUAUGUCCGCCUGGUUUAUAUUGGUCUCAAAGACUUAAACUAUGUGGAUGGCCUUCUCAAUCAGAUUGUAUGUCGAAUCUUGUCUUGGAAGCAAAUCCUGCUAUGCCAAAUGGUAAUGCACCAAUACAAUGUCCUAUGAGUGAUAAACCAAUCACUUAUCCUGAUCCAUACGAUUGUUCAAUAUUUCAUUAUUGUCUUAAUGGUGUUGAUCAAAUUCGACCUUGUCCGGCAACAUUAUACUAUGAUAAAGAGCGUGGCAGUUGCAAUUAUCCAUAUAAUGUUACUUGUCGAAACAAAUGUCAAGCUCAAAAUGAAGGAACAAAAUUUGUUGAUCUAAAAAGUUGUUGUCAUUAUCAAGAGUGUAUUAAUGGUCGUUUAAUUACGUAUGCUUGUCGAUCACCGUUGCAAUUCGAUAUCACAACAAAACGUUGUGAAUAUUAUAAAAAAGUUGAAUGUGCUGGAAGAAAACCAUGUACAAAUCUUUGUCAAUAUUUCGAGGAUCAAUCAAUGUGUGAUUUGUAUCCAUCAUGUUCAAAUCACGGGGAUGGUUGGUAUCUUGAUCGAACAAAACCUGGAUGUCAAGUUGCCAUUCAAUGUGUUGAUCAACGUUUAUUAAACACAACAAAAUGUCCGGUUAACAAACGUUUUAAUCAAAAUACUGGAAGAUGUGUGCCAGCAGUACAAGUCAUAUGUUCAGGAUCAUUUAUUACAUGUUCUCUUCUAAUUAUUUUCAAGUCAAUAGCUAUUAUUUAUUUGAGUAAUAGUAUUUUUAUUAAUAAUUAUUAG